AUGUUUUCCUUACGCGCGCAAUCUGUUUCAACGGUUUCUGCGCUCAGAAAUUGCAGAGCGAACUCUCGCGUGAACAGAACCGUCAAAGCGACGGCGACGAACACGGAGAAGAAACUCUCCCCGCUCGAAAAAGGGGGCACGAAAGCCGGCUCCGAGGCGUUCGGGAAAGAUGCCGCGGCGACCACCAAAGCUGGUUUGAUGGGGAAAUCCACCCAGAAAUGGGAGGACUCGAGAUGGGUGAAUGGGACGUGGGAUCUCGCGCAAUUCGCCAAGGCGGACGGGACCACGGAUUGGAACGCAGUCAUCGACGCCGAAAUUGUGCACAGAAAGAUGUUGGAGGAGAAUCCGGCGGUGUAUGACGAAGACGGUACGUUUGACCUCGGUCAAAUCCCGUGGCAAGUAUGGAUGAUGCGCUUUCACUUGCCCGAGGCGGAGAAGGCGAACGGCAGAGCCGCGAUGGUUGGGUAUUUGUUCGCGUAUUUGAUCGACGCAGCCACGCACACUGGUUUGGUUGAGUUACACGACUCGUUUUUGGGCAAGACGGCGAUCUUUGCUACCGUUAUGUUUGUCUGCUUUGUCAGACAGUUGAGCGAUUUGGACAACUUGAAGGUCUUGGCGGACGAGGCGACGUUUUAUGAUAAGCAGUGGCAGCAAUCGUGGGAAGGCGUGGAAAGACCAUCCGAGAAGAAGGAUUAA